GAUGGGUUGUGGGAUGAAACUAGUGUCGUUAGGUUUUCUUAUCUUGCUAACUGGUUGCAGCACAUUAAUUGAUGGUGCAAUUCCAAGUAGUACCAUGAAAAAGAUAAGAGAAAUUAACCAAAAGGGUCCUUACUUAGGGAUUGUGGUGCCAAACUCCUAUGAGAUGAGUCCUCUUCUUCAAUCUUCAAGCUUUGUAGCUGAUAAAAAACUUCCUUACUUGGAUUUUGCAGGGAGAAGAUUUCGAAUUGGAAAAGUAGAGUCUAAGAAAGUUAUAAUUGUGAUGACAGGGUUGAGCAUGUUAAAUGCAGGUAUAGCAACAGAAUUACUAUUGAGUCUGUUCAGAGUGAAAGGAGUGGUGCAUUAUGGAAUUGCAGGAAAUGCAAACUCACAACUCCAAAUCGGUGAUGUAACGAUUCCACAAUAUUGGGCUCACACUGGCCUUUGGAAUUGGGAGAGAUAUGGAGAAGGGGUUAAUGAUGCACUUUCCUUGGAGUCUAGUGGAGAUUACACAAGAAGUAUUGGGUUCCUUAACUAUUCAGAUUACACUGUUGGUAAAACAAAUGGAAAUUCAUCAGCAAACCUUUUAAAUAGUGUAUGGUACCAACCAGAGGAAAUCUUUCCAGUAAAUGGAACUCCAGAAGUAAGGCAACAUGCCUUUUGGGUUCCAGUCAACAGUAACUACUUUUCAAUUGCCCAAAAAAUUGGGAAUAUAACAUUGGGGGGCUGUGUAAAUUCUACUUGUUUGCCAAGGAAACCAGAAGUGUUUAUAGUAGAAAGAGGAUGCAGUGCCAAUGUAUUUGUUGAUAAUGUGGCAUACCGGCAAUUCCUAAAUACAAAGUUCAAUGUGACGCCGAUCGACAUGGAAAGUGCCGCGGUUGCUCUCAUUUCUCUUCAAGAAGGGAUCCCUUUCAUUGCAAUCAGGGGACUAUCUGAUUUAGCUGGUGGUGGUUCUGCUGUCUCUAAUGAAGCAGGCAUCUUUGCCUCUUUAGCUGCUCAAAAUUCAGUUGAUGUACUCUUAAAAUUUAUAGCCUUGUUGCCUUUAUAAAAAUAGUCCUUCUAUGCA